AUGCCGACAAUCGUGACGGCGUCAGUGGCGUCACCACGAGUGGCGGCGGAGGCGGCGCCGUCUGUGCCCGUGGCGGACCUGCUCGCGGCGGCGGAGGCUGCUGCAAACAAGGGCGCUGCGGUCAGUCGGGGGAGUAAUGGGGAAUGGCAGGAGUCGGGGUCGGGCCAAAAGAAAAACGGCGAUGGGGAAAACGGCUG